ACGCCUAUAAAUUAUAGUUCAUGGGAUAGAGUAGUACUUGUAAGAGAUACAUGGAAUACUGAAGAGCAUUUAAAGUAUACAUGGGAGAAACCUACGAAGGAUGCAUGGGACUUCACAUUGGAUGGUUCUGCAGGUGAAUGGGGUGAAACGCCAGUAGCGCCGCAGUCUGCAGGUGGAUGGGGUGAACUCAUUGAAGAACCAGAAGCAGGUGGAUGGGGUGAAGAGCCAGAAGCGUUGCAGUCUGCAGGUGGAUGGGGUGAAGAGCCAGAAGCGCCGCAGUCCGCAGGUGGAUGGGGUGAAACGCCAGUAACGACAGCUACAGGUGGGUGGGAUGAACUCAUUGAAGAGCCAGAAGCGCCGCAGUCUGCAG